CAUCUUUCAUCGGAAUAUUUUGGAACUUUGAAUCUUCUAUUGUUUUUCGUGGUGAGUGACCACAGUAUAUGUCCAGCCGUCGCUGGCAUUCUCCUUGAUACUACAUACUCGCUUCCUCUCCUCUGCCCUCGCACAUUGGCUGGUUAUACAUCGUGCACCAAGUGUUACAUCUGCAUGGAGUUAGUGUGACGUCAUUGCAUUGCUUGUAGUUUGGCAUUUUAACGCUCUGGGGCGCAUCUAUAGUUCCUGUAAGGUCAGUGCUGCAGAUAGUAUAUGCCUAGCGAAGCUAGGGCCGUUCACAGGGUAUUGCACUGAAAUCAUCUCUCAUUUACCGGUUUCCUGAGUGAAAUAAGCACCAUGCCUCCUGCCGCAUCCAGCACGAAGAAGUCUCCAUCGUUGAAGUUGCUCGUUACCAAGCUGAAGGAUGUCCAAUCUUCCUUUGACGAUAUUUAUCGUUUCGUCGAAGACUUCAAGGAAAAUACAACUACUACCCAGAUUGAAGUGCGACUGGAAAAACUCGACGAACUGUGGGAAAAAUUCAGCGACACCCUUAUAGAGUUGAAAUCUCACGACGACUAUGCAGCAAAGGGUGAUGACUACGAGGAUGAAAGGUUGGACUUCAGCGAUCGAUACUACAGGGCAAAAUCGUUUCUUGUGGAUAUGGCCAAAGAAAGACAAGAGGCACCAGCCAUGGAACAAUCGAUACGGGUCGGUGAUACGUCGGUGCAUAGCACAAUGGACCAUGUGCGGUUGCCUCAAAUAAAGCUGCAGACGUUCAACGGCGACAUUGACGAAUGGCUAGGAUUCCGGGAUCUCUUCACCUCACUUAUACACUGGAAGGCGGAUUUACCAGAGGUGGAGAAAUUUCACUACCUAAAAGGAUGCCUUCAGGGUGAACCUAAAAGCUUGAUCGAACCGCUACAAAUCACUCGGGCUAAUUACCAGGUGGCUUGGGAAAUGCUGUUAAAACGCUAUAAUAACAGUAAACAAUUGAAGAAGCGUCAGGUCCAAUCGCUCUUCAAACUACCAGCCCUAACAAGGGAAUCCGUUGCUGAUCUCCACUCCCUAUUGGAAGGCUUCCAAAGGGUAGUUCAAACACUGGAUCAAAUUGUGCAGCCGCAUGAUUAUAAGGAUCUUCUAUUGGUAAAUUUACUUUCUGCACGUCUCGACCCGAUCACGCGAAGAGGCUGGGAGGAGCACUCAUCGAAUAAGGAUCAAGAUUCGCUAAAUGAUUUGACGGAUUUUCUUCAUCGGAGGAUUCAAAUUUUGGAGGCGUUACCUUCAAGGGCCGUGGACACUAGGGGUGUCCAGCAAUCACAACCUCCGUUGAAGCCGAAACCCUUUGCAGUUAAAAAUAGUUUCAACACGGUUCAAGCAAACCACAGUAACUGCGUAGCGUGCAAGAGUAGCCAUCCACUAUAUCAGUGCGGUAAAUUCCAAGAAAUGCCGGUUUCAGAGAGAGAUGUGUUGUUGCGCAACAACUCACUCUGUCGCAACUGUUUCCGCCAAGGGCAUCAUGCGAAGGAUUGCCAAUCAAAAUAUUCCUGUCGCCAUUGUAAAGGACGUCACCAUACAUUGGUUUGCUUCCGAGCUGGGAGGAAUGAGAAGCCCAAGGAUACAGCUGGUAGUCAAGGUUCCAAUGCUUCCGUUUCACAAGACAAUUCAAGUAGCUCUAUCGCUACACCCUCCUCCUCCUCCUCGCAAGUGGCUAACAUGGCAGCCACUGAAGUUUCGUUAGUUGGAUCAGUACAUCGACACUCGUCGCAGGUUUUGUUGGCUACAGCGGUGGUCAUCAUCGAGGAUGAUGGUGGCACUCAGUACCCAGCACGGGCUCUACUCGACUCAGGUUCAGAGAGCAAUUUUAUUUCGGAGCGAUUGAGUCAACGUCUAAAGGUGGAUCGAGAUAAGGUGGACAUCUCGAUAUUAGGGAUUGGUCAACGGACUAGCAAGGUAAAGCAGCGUAUACAGGCCACAGUGUUGUCACGAGUUACUGAUUUCUCUCGGGCGAUGAGUUUUUUGGUGCUUCCGAAGGUGACGGUAAAUUUACCAACGGUUAACAUCGACACAAUCGGUUGGCCGAUUCCACGAGAUGUUGAGUUAGCAGAUCCUGCUUUCGGUGUUUCUCAGAGUAUUGAUAUCGUACUAGGAAUCGAGUCAUUCUUCGAGUUUUUCCAAACCGGACGCAAGAUUCCUUUGGGAGAACGAUUACCCUCAUUAAAUGAAUCCGUAUUUGGAUGGGUUGUGUGUGGCGGUUCAUCUGUGCCCGAUAAGACAUUGAAUAUUAGCUGCAAUGUUUCUACUACGGAAGGCUUGGAAGAGCUGAUGGCUCGAUUUUGGACCUGCGAAGAUAUGGGAUCAACCAGGAACAAUUCACCGGAAGAAGCACGCUGUGAAGAGCUGUUUGUGCGUUCGAUUCAGCGUGGGGAAAGCGGCCGCUACACUGUAUCAUUGCCAAAGGAUGAGGACAAACUAAAACAAUUGGGCGAUUCUAGGGGGAUCGCAUUCCGACGUCUCCAAGGCACGGAGCGGAGAUUGGAAAGGGAUGCUGCAUUACGGGAGCAGUACAAGGCAUUCAUGACCGAAUAUGUGCGUCUGGGUCAUAUGCAGCGAGUCGAUACUACCAUUCCCAACACGGAUAAACGGUGUUAUUUACCACAUCAUCCGGUGGUUAAAGAGGCGAGUACCACCACCAAGGUUAGGGUAGUAUUCGACGCCUCCUGCAAAACGGCCUCAGGAGUGUCGCUGAACGAUACAUUGCUGGUAGGGCCAGUAAUACAAGAGGACUUGAGGUCGAUUAUUCUCCGUUGCCGAACAAGGCAGAUAAUGCUGGUUGCUGAUGUCGAGAAAAUGUUUCGUCAAAUUAAUGUGAACCCCGACGAACGACAUCUUCAAUCGAUUCUAUGGCGCUCAUCACCAAGGGAUGAAGUAGUUACCUAUGAGCUGAACACCGUUACUUACGGAACCAAGCCUGCUCCAUUUUUGGCCACAAGGACACUGAAACAGCUAGCGAUGGAUGAGGAGCAACGAUAUCCGCUCGCUGCCAAGGCAAUUACGGAAGACACAUACAUGGAUGAUGUACUCACGGGUUCCGAUGAUGCAGCUGAGGCACUUACGAUGAGGAUACAAUUGGACAAGUUGAUGGCUAGUGGGGGAUUCCAGCUCAGGAAGUGGGCAUCCAAUUGUGUCGAGGUUUUACGUGGUAUUCCUGAAGAAAAUCUGGCGAUCCGUGGCUCAGAAAUCGAAUUAGAUCCAGACCCAUCGAUCAAGACACUAGGAUUAGUGUGGCAGCCUAGAACAGACGUCUUCAAAUUUCAAUUCAGCAUACCUUCCAUUGACGAUAAUUUGCUUAUUACCAGGAGGCAACUUUUGUCGAUCAUUGCGACUCUGUUUGAUCCUCUGGGUCUGGUUGGUGCAACCAUUACAAUGGCCAAGCUUUUCAUGCAGCAAUCUUGGAUGCUGCGUGACGAACACGAUCAGAGAUUUGGCUGGGACCAGCCGUUACCUUCGAUGGUGGGUGAGACGUGGCGGAAGUACCAUCAGCAGCUUCAUCUACUUAAUCAAAUACACGUGGAUCGCUGUGUAAUCAUCCCCAGGGCAGUCGUGAUGGAAUUCCAUUGCUUCUCAGACGCGUCACUGAAGGCCUACGGUGCGUGCCUAUAUGUUCGAAGCAUCGAUACAGCAGGAAGGGUGAAGGUUCAAUUGCUCACAUCAAAGUCAAAGGUGGCUCCGGUUAAAUGUAUGACGAUCCCGAGGUUGGAGCUUUGCGGAGCGGUAUUAGCCGCUCAACUAUUCCAAAAGGUGCAACAGGCAACUCGCUCGAUCGCACGUGCAUAUUUUUGGACAGAUUCAACGUGUGUGCUUCGAUGGUUGCAAGCUUGUCCGGCCACAUGGACUAUAUUCGUCGCAAAUAGAGUGGCAACAAUCCAAACUAUAACAGAGGGGCAUGAAUGGAGACAUGUUCCAGGAAUUCAUAAUCCAGCCGAUCUUAUCUCGAGGGGAAUCUCUCCAGAAGAAAUAAUUUACAAUAAUUUCUGGUGGGAUGGCCCAAGCUGGCUAACGCACGACCAUGAGGAUUGGCCAAAUAGUUUCGAUAAUUCGUCGAGUGAGGGGAUUGAGGAAGAGAGGAGACGCACAGUUGUUGCUAAUACGGCCUCGGUUGUGGCGGAAUUCAAUGAAUGGUAUUUAUCCAAAUUCGCUACAUACUCCAAUUUAAUUCACCGUACAGCAAUAUGGCUCCGAUUCAUUUCGUUACUUCGUACCCCGAAGAAGGAUCGACGAUCAGGAUGGAUCACGACAGAGGAGCUGAAAACAGCCGAAUAUAUACUUAUACAACGGGUGCAACGGGAAGUCUUUCCUGAUGAACGAAAAGCACUGCUAAAAGGGGAUAUGCUUCCAAGGAAAUCUCCUCUGCGAUGGUUCAAUUCAUUUGUGUCAGAAAGGGAGGAGCUCAUCAGAGUUGGCGGGCGGUUAAUCCAUUCAAAUGAACCAGAAGAUGCCAAACAUCCCAUAGUGCUCCCAGCUCGACAUCGCUUGACACGCAUGAUUCUUAAGCACUACCACGAACGUUUGCUCCACGCGGGGCCACAAUUGUUGCUGAGUGUGGUCAGACUUCGCUACUGGCCGUUAGGAGGACGCAAUGUAGCCAGGGAAACUGUUCAUCGUUGUCAAAAAUGCUUCCGAUCAAAGCCCACUCCGUUGCAGCAAUUUAUGGGAGAUUUGCCAGCAGCGCGAGUGACUAUUUCUCGUCCUUUCUCAAGGUCGGGAGUGGACUAUUUCGGACCCAUCUACGUGCGCCCUGUACCACGACGCGCAGCAGUAAAAGCGUACGCGGCAAUUUUCGUGUGCCUUUGCACGAAGGCGAUUCAUCUGGAGCUUGUCGGGGAUUUAUCUACGGAUCGUUUCUUGCAGGCUUUGCGUCGGUUCGUUGCCCGUCGAGGAAGGCCAACCGAUAUUUAUUCCGACAACGGUACUAACUUCGUUGGAGCUCGGAACAAACUGGAAGAAGUACUACGUUUGUUGCGGGAUAAACAGCAUCAGGAGCAGGUAUCCAAGAAGUGUGCAGAAGAGGGCAUUCGCUGGCAUUUUAGUCCUCCGAGUGCACCUCAUUUCGGAGGCUUGUGGGAGGCGGCUGUGAGGUCAGCCAAACAUCACCUCUUGCGCGUGAUUGGGGACAGCGUCGUGUCGCCCGAAGAUAUGAACACGCUUCUUGUGCAAGUGGAAGGCUGUUUAAAUUCUCGACCACUUACACCUACAUCAGACGACCCGAACGAUCUUGAACCGUUAACUCCUGCGCAUUUCUUGGUUGGAUCGUCAUUGCAGUCACUUCCAGAACAACAGUUGCAAGCAGUUCCCAUAAACCGUUUAAACUAUUGGCAACGUAUGCAAGGGAUGCUCCAGGAUUUUUGGAGAAGAUGGCAGAGGGAGUACUUGUGUCAGUUGCAGGGUCGAACGAAGCGCUGGCGACCACCAAUAGAAAUUGAAAUCGGUAAGCUUGUCGUCAUUUUCGAAGAAAACCUACCUCCAACUCGCUGGAAAAUGGGUAGAAUACAGGAGUUACAUCCAGGACCAGACGGUAUUGUUAGAGUGGUCACUCUUAAGACCGCUUCUGGAACAUUGAAGCGUCCGGUUGAGAAGCUGUGUUUGCUGCCUACACCAGAAUUCAACGAACAACCUAGUAGCCGCCAGCAGCAGUAGCCUUGCCUAUCCCAUCCUAGUCGAGAGGAGUUUCUUUUUCUUUAUUUCAGAAAUAGCGAAUAUUUCAGGGUGGGUGAGGAUGUCUGCGACCUGCCUUCAACUACAUCCCUGGUGCAGACAGUUUGAAAACAGUACAUUGUUCUGCUGUAGGAUCGCCUUACCCGUCUAGACAUCCAAACAAUACGGCAUCGAUCGUCCGGUGCCCUUGAUAAAGAACGAGCCAGUGAUGAGAAGCGGUGACGUCAUCAAUAAUCUGUCGGACUCUCCGAGAGAUUAGCCAGGGAAGGAGAAUUCGGCUGAUUACACUACCACAUGCUGCCGCUUCAAUCCCGAACGGACUGAUAAAGAUCGAUCUUGAGAUGCUGUGAAUAAUAAAAUGUGUUUAGUGUAAUGAACUAUAAUAAAUUGGAUUGUUACUACCGAGUGAUGUGUUAAGCAUGCAAUUGGAGAAGUCCUGGAUCAAUUUAGUUUCGGUCGGCGCUGGUGGAAUUGUUUAGCCUGCUGGAUCCUAUUGUGUCGGGAGACAUACUUGAUUCGAUGUUGGGAGGCCUGAGCUGGUCCACACUCUAGCUAUCGAAGACCCUCUGGUAAGCCUUAUA